AUGGAGGAGCAGGUGCAGCAGCAGAUGUCAUCAGCCCAGCACAUAGGAGAUCACUGCCCUGUGCAGGAGGGAGAGGUGCUCAACACGCAGUACCAGGUGCUGCACAAGCUGGGAUGCGGCACCUUUGCCACUGUCUGGCUGUGCCAGGACAUGAGGAGGAAGAAACAGGUAGCUGUGAAGGUUCUGAAAAGCAGGGAAGGCUUUGCUGAGACUGCCCAGGACGAGGUUGCUUUCCUCCGCUGUGUAAGCUGCAUGAAGAAGAAGGACCUGGCAGGAGAAAACAUUGUCUGUUUGUUAGACGACUUCAGAAUGAUUGGAGAGAAUGGUUUCCAUGCAUGCCUGGUGUUUGAGGUGCUGGGUCCUUCCAUUCGAUGUCUGAUGGGAAACUACAGAGCCCAGGGACUGCCCUUGCCUUUUGUGAAGAAGUCUUUACAGCAGGUGCUGGCAGGGCUGCACUUCCUGCACAAGAGCUGCCGCAUCAUCCAUGCAGACAUCAAACCAGAGAACAUACUGCUGUGUGGCUGCAGCAAAAGGCUCCAAAGGCUUCUCAUGGAUACACUCGACUGUGACCAGGGAACAGAAGUGAGGCUAAAGGGAGCAGGAGGUGAUCUUGGCAACCAGUUGGAAGAAUCUGAUUUAAUGAGCAUAGAGGUGAAAAUUGCAGAUCUAGGAAGUGCAUGUUGGACAUACAAGCCUUUUUCCAAGGAGAUCCAGACCCAGCCAUACCGUGCCCUGGAAGUGCUUCUUGGAUUAGACUAUGGCACUCCUGCCGAUAUCUGGAGUACAGCCUGCCUGGCAUUUGAAAUGGCAACUGGGGAGCGUCUAUUUGAUCCUCAACCUGGGAAAUACUUCUCCAGAGAUGAUGAUCACGUUGCUUGUAUUAUCGAACUGUUGGGAAGAAUUCCUCCUGAAAUUGUUUUCUCAUGGAACAAGUCAACAAAAUUUUUCAGCAAGCCAGGCGCGCUCCUGCGGCUCUCCCGGCUCUUCCCCCGGAGCCUCCCCGGCAUCCUGGUGGACCGGCACGGCUGGACACCGCGGGAGGCGGCCGCCUUCGCCGCCUUCCUGCUGCCCGCGCUGCACUACGCGCCCGAGCGCCGCGCCAGCGCCGCGCAGAGCCUGCGGCACGCCUGGAUCGCCGCACCGUAACCCGA